UUUAAUUUCAUAAUAUCAAUCUUCGUACUGAAAUAGAAUAAGUUCAGAAACACUUUCUAUCUUAAUAGAGUGAUUAGGCAUAUGUGUAUCGCGCUUACUCUGGGCAGAUACUAGCAGUACAUUUAUCUUCAAAAUGAGCCACUUUGAAUUUGCAAUACCUGUGCAAAAGGAUGAGUUAUUGGAGUCUCACGUCGGACAAUAUCAUGUUGAAGAUGUGGUGCAGAUAAGAGUGCUUUUGUCCAAAAUACAAGAUGCGGCAAGAGCGUAUAAUGCUGAAGGCGUCGAAUACAUACUGGAGCAUUUUGAUACAUAUUUUUCAAUUAUUGUUCAUGGCAACAAACUGGAAUGGAAUAUCAUCAAUAAAGGAUUUGACCACCUCGUCAGAACUGCUAAAGCCUUGUGCAGUCAUAUUGAACUGAUUAUGCAAGACAAAGAGCUGGAUGCAGAUCUUAGAGUGAAGAAUCUAAAUAUUGUUAAAAUGGUCAUGUAUCUGUAUACACAAAUAAUGAAAACUAAGGAUGUUAAGUUAGCUGCUGAUAACUCCACCAAACUCACUUUGGGUAAGAAAGGAAAGAAGGCAACAGAAGAUGAAGAAUUUUGUGGCUGGACGGAAUCUGACAAGCAAGCUGCUCUUGUGACUUUGCAUUUGUUGCUUCAGCAACCUUUGAACCGCCUGUGGGAUCCUCCACUGGCUGAGGACAACUUUGUUACGAUGGUUGCUGAACCUUGCUAUAAGGCAUUAGAGGAACAAAUAAUAAAAAACAAAUCAGUGAGAGAGACUGUAUUUCAAGUACUUGGAGUACUCAUUAAGAAAUACAACCAUGGGACUUCCUGUCUCAUCAAACUUGUGCAGGUUUUGCAAAUGGCAGAGCACUCAGUCUCCCCAAUUUGUGCUGGAGUGGUACAGCUGAAGGAUUUUGAGAUAGGAACAUUUGGACCUCAGAUGGUUCGUGAAAUAGCCGAAGCCCUAGCGACGAGUGACGAAGAUAACGGGGGCGUGGCCACGGAGCAAGGCGCGGCCAGGAACUGUGGCGCCUUCCUGCUUGAGCUCACCAAGGAACUGCCGAAAGAAAUGACCUCUGCUAUCACCACGCUGCAGUCAUAUCUGGAGAGUGAUGAGUCGUACACACUUCGUAUCAGCGUGCUCGGUAUGAUGUGUGAGGCGCUAAGCGUCGAGCUUCGAGGCGAAGGGCUGUCGGACGAGCAACGAGCACAGAGGGACGACUUUCUCGACGAUUUGUACGAGCAUAUGCACGACUUGUCUGCCUACGUGCGCCAUAAGGUAUUGCAGUUUUGGUGCCGCCUGCAGCGCGAGAACAGCGUACCCGUGACCAGGCAGAGAGUUGUGUUGGAACGAGCCAUCGGUCGCUUGAGGGACAAGGCCGCUAUUGUUAGGAAAGCAGCCAUUCAGUUGCUGAAGGUAUUUUUGGAAUGCAACCCUUUCUCCGCCCAAUUGAAGUUAGAAAUAUUAGAAGAACAACUAGAAACGGAACAAAAGAUAUUAGAUGACCUGCAGAAAAAAUUGAAUCCAGGGCCGGAUCCAAAGUUAGUAGAAAAGUGGGAGAAAAUUAAAGAUGAUGUCAUAGCUGAAAUCAACGAAGGAAUGAACACUUUGACGCAAGACGAACCUGACCUGUCACAGGCUUCGUUGGAUAACUUGUAUGACUCGAUUAGGAAGCAUUUGCGAGAGAAGAAUUAUUUCAAGGCGUAUUUGAUCGUUAAACAUACAGAGAGGCAAUAUCCUGAAGCCAGGUAUUUGAGGUGCAGCAUGGAAAAAAGUGACCAAGUGGAAUAUUUUGUAGCUCUCCUCAAGAACAUUUUUGUAAUACCAGACAGGCGUCAGUCUAUAACGCUAAGCCAGCAAUGUGAAAACGAACUAGCCUUGUACAAAAAAUUAGAAGAAAAAGAAGCCAUAGUUGCCUUCUUGCAGGAGUCAGUACAUUUCAGCAAGAUGGUGUCUGAAGCAGUGCCUUUGAUUAAUACUUUGCUGAUGUCAAAGCAGGCAGGCGAUGUCAAUGAGGCUAUAGAGUUCUUCACCGCGGCUCACCACUUUAAUAUCGAAUCGGCCAAGACUGGCGUAGCUAAUAUGCUGUUGCUGGUAUGGUCGCCAGAUCAGGAUAAACGACAAGCCGUAGAGCGCGCCUACCGUGAUAUGUACUUGGAAUGCGACAGCAAGCCGGAGCGCGCCCGUGCGGUCAACAUCGCGCGUAAACUGGUCUCCUUAGUGACCACUAUAGAUCGAAGCAGCGCGCUAGCUCUUGACCAUCUCAUGGACCAGUGGGUUGACAAGGGUGACAUCACUCCGUCGAUCAUUCAGGUGUUUUGGGAGAUGUUCAUGAAGAAAAUCGACGGCACAACAGAUAUGGACAGCUACGCAGCGCUGGCGCUCCUCGUAAUGGUUUCCAAAGCCAAGCCCUCUGUUGCGCUCGCUAACCUCGAAGUGAUACAAACUCACGGCUUGACCGGCGACUACAAUUCUAGGAACAUGAGCGCACAACUGUUACUAUCUUUGAGCAAGAAGAACCAAAGAUAUCCGGCUGAUCAUCAGAUAUUUACUUCUAUCUACGAUAGCUUGUUAGAAACGUUUUCUAAACUUAACAAAUUCACAUCGUUUUCCGCUUACUCGAUUGAUACAAUUUACGCGAUCUGUGAUACGCCUGAGACUGUCUGUGCGAAGAUAUUAGCGGAGAUGCAUAGAAGGGUGCAGGCAGCGAUGGUGAAACAGGGCGAGAACGAGGAAGAGGUUUCUCUGCCGGUUGAGCUGCUCACUCGCUUCGUGUUCACGCUGGGGCAUGUGGCGUUCCAACAGCUCAUCUAUCUUGAUGUGUCGGUGUAUAGUGAGUUGAGGAGACGAAAUCAGGUCCGCGAAGACCGUAAAUUAGAGGAAAAGCGGAAGAAGAAAGCAGGAGCCUUCGCUACGCCAGCUCGCAAAGGGCGAGUGGACGACCUGCGCCGGCAGACGCUCAUGAAUGCGUCUGGUUCGAGCGCGUCUAGUCGCGGCCAGCGCUCUGCCAGCGUCACCAAGGGGCCUUCUGCAAACACUACAAUGACGGAAGAGGAGACAGGUUUAGAAGGUGCGGUAGCGGACGAUGCGGACGCAGAAUAUGUGAGAGGCGUGUGCGAGCGAGAGAUUGUGGGCGAAGGCACAGCUCUGGCUCGCUAUGUGCCGCUCCUGCGUCAUAUUCUAGCUAACCCAGCGCGCGCGCCGCCAGCGUUACAGGCUGCCGUUGCCCUGACAUUCACGAGGUUCAUGUUGGUAUCGAGCACGGUGUGCGACGAGGGCCUACAGCUGAUGGUGACGGUGCUCACACGUUCCCGCAACGUGGCUCUGCGGACGAACCUUACUAUCGCCUUCGCGGAUCUCACACUACGCUUCCCUAACCUCACUCAGCCUUGGACUCGUCACAUCUACCAGAUCUUGAGCGACGAGGAGUUAGAAGUGCGUCAGUGUGCAGUGAAGAUGCUCUCGUUCCUUGUUCUACACGAGAUGGUGCGAGUAAAGGGCCAAAUCGCAGACAUGGCAUUAUGCUGCGCCGACAAAGACGCCAAGAUCGCGUCGAUGACGCGUCUGUUCUUCAAGCAGCUCUCACAGAAAGGCAACGCACUAUACAACGUCAUGCCGGACAUUAUAUCUCGGCUCAGCGAUCCUGAGCUCAAUGUACCGGAGGAACAGUACAGGGUUAUUAUGAAAUACAUCACGUCGCUUAUACAAAAGGAUCGCCAAACUGAGGCUCUUGUAGAAAAACUGUGCCAGCGAUUCAAACUGUCAACAGAAGAACGUCAGUGGCGCGACCUCGCCUUCUGUCUGUCCUUGUUCAACUACAACGAACGGACGCUCAAGAAACUGAUUGAAAACCUGGACUGUUACAAGGACAAACUGCACUGCAAUGGCGUCAUGCAAUCGUUCCAUACUAUCAUGGCUAAUGCGUCGAAAAUGGCUAAGAAUGAAGUAAAGGCAUUAGUAACGGAGCUAGGAGACAAGAUAGAAGAAUGUUUCGCGGUGCGGGACACCGAAGAGGGCUCCACAGGCGAGCCGCGCGCGCCGCCCACGCCCGCAGCCCGCGCCACGCCGCGCCGCAAGCCUGCGCGCCGCAACCGGCGCCGCUCCUCCUCCAGUCCUGACGAGAAUGAGCCACCCACUAAUACAGAAGGAACGCCUCAGUCAGUCAGAAAAUCAAGCAGAAAAGCCAGAACCAGGGUCGUCAAGGCAAUUUCGAACGAUUCAGACGAAUCAGAUGAAGAGGAGCCACAAAAAGAAGAUGAGGAGGUAUUCAAGAAGCCCACUGCUAGGAAAGCAACACGAAGGAGAAAGAAUUAAGCAGUAACUAUAAACGUUAUAUUUAAGUAAUAAAAACCUUAAGGAUUUCAUAGUAUUUUUAACCUUUUACACCCCAGCGACGUAUAUAAUUAUUGGCGUCGCAUGUCCAACGCCAAAGACCGAAUUAUCUAAGUAGCAUAGAUUACCGAACAACGUAGACUUUAACAAGCCUACUAAUACGAGUAAAUCACAAUUUCACUUUUGGCAUUCCGUGGACGUGGCACCCUAGUUACAAUGGCACCCAAGUUUCAAAUCCGUGGAUGUAAAAUUGUAUGAAAUGCCCGUGCCCUGGGGUUAAGAAUUUCACCACGCCCUUUCUUCCCGUGGAUGUCGUAAAAGUCGACU